CUGAGGUAACAAGAAAGACUAGAAAGAAGAGAGAGAACACAGAAGCAGAAGCAGCUUGGAUCUAAAAAUCUAACAAACCAAGAGGGAUCAGUUUAAGCUCUGCUGAACAUCUUGUUUAUUUACUGCAUCCAAAAGCUUGCAAAUGGUUAACUAUAUGCAGAAAAGUCAGCAUAGAUGGGAAGUAUGCUGUGAAUUUUAAUUGAGGAAAAAGGACAACUGCUUUCAGGAUGGUCUAGAGUGCACUCUGCCUGAGAGAUUCAAUGUAUUCUUCUUCUUCUUCUUCCAGUGAAAUGCUCUAUACUUUGUUUUCUGACAUGGACUUUUAACUUAAGGCAGCUGGAGCUGUACAAAAGCUUGCAGCAAAGUGAAAAUUUGGAAGAAAGUGUGCAUUUUUUUUUAAAAGAGAACCUGAAUUGCAUUCGAACAUCUGCUCAAAUUGUGCAUUAUUGAUCUUGUCAGGGAGUGUUGCCUCUGUACAGGACCUACUGGCAACAAUGAAGCUCUGGAUUUUUAUGUUAUGUUCAGUUGUGGUUGCCUCGGAUUUACUACAAUCUCAGCCUUCUUUGUCUUCAGUGAGAGGAUCUUGUGAGAAUCUGUGUUCUUGUGAAGAGAAGGAUGAUAUCUUGAUUAUAAACUGUGAAGAAAGAGGUAUCAAAAUGGUAUCACAAAUAAAUGUCCCACCAUCACAGCCUUUCCAUCUUAACCUGCUGAACAAUGGCUUGACCAUGUUACAUAUGAAUGAUUUUGCUGGCCUCAUCAAUGCUAUCUCACUACAUGUUGGAUUUAAUAAUAUUGCAGAUAUUGAGCCUGGAGCUUUUAAUGGUCUCAGUCUUCUUAAGCAACUUCAUAUCAAUCACAAUUCAUUAGAAAUACUUAAAGAGGAUACUUUUCAGGGACUGGAAAAUCUGGAGUUUCUUCAAGCAGACAACAAUUUCAUCACCGUGAUUGAAACAAGUGCCUUUAGCAAACUCAACAGACUUAAAGUGCUUAUUUUAAAUGACAAUGCCAUUGAGUUUCUCCCUCCUAACAUAUUUCGCUUUGUGCCGUUGACCCACUUAGAUCUUCGUGGAAACCAGUUACAGACACUGCCAUAUGUUGGCUUUUUAGAGCAUAUUGGCCGAAUACUGGACCUUCAGCUGGAAGACAACAAAUGGGCCUGUAAUUGUGACUUACUGCAGCUGAAGUUAUGGCUUGAAAACAUGCCUCCCCAGUCUAUAAUAGGUGAUGUUGUGUGCAACAGCCCUCCAGUUAUCAAAGGCAGCAUCCUAAGAAGACUAAAAAAAGAAUUGCUCUGUCCCACUCACCCUAUAAAUGAACUUGAAGAUCCUUCAGGGUCCUUGCCCUUGGUAGUAACCACCUCUAUAAGUGAUAGUCACCUACCAGCUAAGGUGAUCCCUGUCCUGAAAGCUCCUACCAAGGAACCAGGUUUAGUGCUUCAUGCCACAAAGCCAGCUACUCAGCUUCCAGGAAUAUACUGUCCUGUACCCUGUCACUGCACCAGCCAUAUCCUGUCAGGGGUUCUAAUUCACUGCCAGGAGCGAAAUAUCGAAAGCUUGUCUGAUUUAGGUCCCCCUCCUCCAAACCCUAGAAAGCUUAUUCUAGCUGGAAACAUUAUUCAAACAUUGCUGAAAUCAGAUCUGCUGGACUAUGCUAGCCUGGAAAUGCUUCACUUGGGAAACAAUCGUAUUGAAAUCCUUGAAGAAGGAUCAUUUAUGAAUCUAACGAGAUUGCAGAAGCUAUAUCUAAAUGGCAAUCAUCUUACAAAGUUAAGUCAGAGUCUCUUCCUUGGUCUUCAGCACCUUGAGUAUUUGUAUCUUGAAUACAAUGCCAUCAAGGAAGUUUUGCCAGGGACAUUUAACAUGAUGCCAAAACUUAAAGUGUUAUAUUUAAACAAUAACCUUCUUCAAACUUUACCACCCCAUGUUUUCUCAGGGGUGCCACUAGCCAGGUUAAACCUCAAAACAAACCAGUUUACCCAUUUGCCUGUGAGUACUGUCUUGGAUGAACUGGAUUUGUUGGUACAAAUUGAACUUGAGGACAACCCUUGGGACUGUACUUGUGAUUCAGUUGGGCUGCAGCAGUGGAUACAAAAGUUGAGUAAGAACAUCAUGAUGGGUGACAUUUUCUGUAAAUCCCCAGGGCACCUAGCAAAAAAAGAAUUGAAAUCUCUGAACAGUGAAGUCUUAUGCCCAGGACUAAUAAAUAGCCCAGCCCUGCCAACCCACGCUAGCUUUAUAGUUGUGACAACUUCUUCUACAACAACCAAUACUGUGGACACUAUUCUUCGAUCACUUACAGAUGCUGUCCCACUUUCUGUUUUAAUCCUAGGGCUCCUAAUUGUGUUUAUUACUAUUGUAUUUUGUGCAGCAGGAAUAGUUGUCCUUGUUCUGCAUCGGCGGCGAAGACACAAAAAGAAACAGGCAGAUGAACACAUGAGGGACAGUAGCCCAGUUCAUCUCCAGUACAGCAUGUAUGGUCACAAAACAACACACCACACAACUGAGCGUCCAGCACCAAUCCUGUAUGAGCAACGCAUGAUCAGCCCCAUGGUUCAAGUUUAUCGAAGUCCAUCCUUCAGCCCCAAACAGACAGAACAACAGGAGGAGGGAAAUGAAAAGGAUAUGAAUGACUCCAAACAUCUCCGCAGAAGUCUUCUGGAAAGAGAGAACAAUUCUCCUCUCACAGGUUCAAAUGUCAAAUACAAAUGUACAGACCAAUCAGCUGAAUUUCUGACCUUUCAGGAUGCCAGCUCCUUAUACAGAAACAUUCUUGAGAAAGAACGAGAACUCCAGCAGCUAGGGAUCACUGAGUAUCUAAGGAAAAAUAUUGUCCAGCUCCAGCCUGACAUGGAAGUACAUUAUCCUGGAACACAUGAGGAGUUAAAGUUAAUGGAGACACUAAUGUACUCCAGACCAAGAAAGGUUUUGCUUGAGCAGACUAAAAAUGAAUAUUUUGAGCUCAAAGCUAACUUACAUGCUGAGCCUGACUACCUGGAAGUCCUGGAACAGCAAACAUAAAUGACAGUACUUUGGACAGGGACAGAAAAUCUAUAAUUCUAUAUUAAGUCAGAACAUUGUAAAUAAAAGUGCCUUAUAAUAAUGUAUCAUCCAUCAGGACUAAAGCACAGCAGUAAUCCUAACAAAAAACUCAGGGAUCACUGUGGGAAGCCAUGCGGAAGUUUGCAGGCAAUAUGUCUUACCCCAAUUGAAACAUGAUCUCUGUGUGAUUGAACUGU